CCAACAUGCAAGCUGUUAUAAAUACUAAAAACUAACAAAUGUUCUGUGCUGUUUCUGAUUUUCAGUUGUCUAGUUGUUUCUUAGUGCUCAGGUAUUUCACAGUAGAUAAACGAAAAAAUGAUUUGGAAAAUUAUACUUUUGUUGUCGUGUUUUAACGUUUUAGUGAACGCUGGUGGACGUUGUUCGGGUGGGACAUCGUCUAGAGACCCGAAACCAUUUCGAAAUAAUCUAGAAUGGAUAAAUUCACUACAAGCCUAUCCCAAAUUAAAUUGGGACCGUUUGAUACGUGAGCCUAAUGAUGAUGACAAAGAAGCUGCAAAGGACGCAUUGGUUAAAAGUGGAUGUCCGACUAAUAGUUUGGAUGAACUUCUUGGAACCAGUCAUUGUGAUAUGUGGCCUUCACAUUUAAAAUCAGAUAAGGCACCAUAUGCUGUAAUGAGUAGAUUGAUACUUCGUCGAAUAGCAGACUCACGAGUGGCAUACGUGGAACGUUAUCCAAAUUUUCAGGUGAAUUCGCCACUGAUAUUAAUUUUCGAAAGCUUUGAAUGAAUGGUGGAUUCUGAUUAAAAAGGAAGCGGCAGAAAUAAAUUUCACCGGCUCAAAAAAACAUAAAUUUAAAAAUAUAUAUACUGAUAGUGAAAAGUUUCAAAUAUUUUAAAGAAUAAUUCGAUUUUCGUUGAUUUAUACACGAUUUUGUAAACCUAAUAGUUCACGUACCUAAUACAUAAUACAUUUUACGCUUAUUUAAAACUUUUAUUUGUCUUU